AUGAGCAUAAUAGGGUGUUUUAAAUAUAUUAGAAAUCUUGCAAAAGUCUACAUAAAACUUGCAGAACUAGAUAAAUAAACUUAGAAAAUUUAGAAAAAUCAUUAUAAUUGCGUUUGCAAUCUGAAAAUCUAGAAAUAUCUAGAGAUGUUGCUGAAACUUACUUUUUACUAGGAAAUUUCACAUUAUAAAAUGAUAUAGAAGGAAAAGAAAAAGAAGCAUUAAGUUUUUUUUGAAAGCUCUUCAGAUAUUAGAAACUCAUUUAUGCAAAAUAAUUAAUAAAGAAUAAAAAUAAGUAAGACCUUUAAUUUAUAAAUAGAUAAUUCUACAAGAUACAUAUGACAGACAACAUUUUAAACUAUCAUUUUUAGAUAAUGAUGAUAUUAAAGAGUUGAAAUAAGUAUUAUCAAUGCUUUAUGAUAAAAUAGAAGAUACAAAUGUAGCAUAGAAAGAGAUUCAAAGUGAUGAAUGGAUGAAAACUCCAUAUGAAAUGCUGAAUAAAGCCUAAUUAUUAUAAUAGCAAUAAAUACAAUAAUAACAAUUUACUCAGUAACCUAUUCAAGAAGAAAGAUAAAUAAUUUCAUUAGGGAAUUUUAGGAAUGCAAGAAGGAAACUUGAUAUAGUUAAAUAAUAAUCAUAAAACAUAGUUGUAUAAGGUAAUAAUUAAGAAAAAUAAGAAAUAAAUUAAUCAGAUGAAUAAUGUGCAAGUAAAAAAGUUAAAAUUGAUUGA